GAACGCACGGUGCCCACAGCUGUGGCGUCCGGAGCUGUACAUAUUCUUGACUGUGAAUAAAAAUCUUUUCUUCACGCAAAACCUUCUUUGUUCGCGACUUUGGAGCGCAAGGCUCAUCGAGGACCUUGGACUUGGCACGAGCAGCAGCAGCGGGGACCAGACAACAGCCGGGGCUCCCGCUCCGCUAUGACCUUCACAAAUCAACAGUUUGCGAUAUAGUAGCUGGGCGAGAUGGUUCUAAUAAAAGAGUUGCGUUAAGUGACCAAAGAAUAGAAAAAGAAAAAAUAAAACUAAUAAACUAAAGAGAAUAGCAUCUCACUAUCACAGCAGAUCUAGUGAUCUAGCCGCAAUGGAAAUGAAAAUGAAAUCAUAUAUGUAACAAAAAAGUAGGUGAAGUGACGUCAUUCCCAACAGAGGCGCUAGCAGACGAAAUAACUAUUUCUUUUAAUCGCCGUCCCUCUAGAUAUAUGCUUACUCGUUCUGCACCUGUUUCAUAAGUAUAUAUAUAUACAUACUUUGCAGUGUAGCAAAAUAGUACUUCCAAAUAUUGUAGACGUCAGCUUCUGUAAAUAGAAUUUCAAUGUUAGUGAUGGUGUUCGUGUAAUAGAGUUGGCAUUCUCACCGUCCACUCAUCAUUUGCAAUUAAUCAAAAGGAUAUACGUCGAAGGAAUUUGAAGAGUUAGUAUUCCCAAGAUGGAACCAAUUAUAAAUCCCGAGCUGCCUUAUGUUGGAGAAGUGAGUCUUUCUCCAGGGAAGAUGGUUAAAGUUCAAGGACAAGUGCCUCCAGAAUCAACACGCUUUGCUAUUAAUUACCAAUUAGGUCCUGGUUUAAACCCAAGGGAUGAUAUUGCUUUACAUGUAUCACCAAGAUUCAAUGAAGGAUUCAUCACUAGAAAUCAUAUCCAAUCUAUGACCUGGGGACCUGAAGAAAACAGUGGUCCUAUGUGGAUAGAGCGUAGUGCACCUUUUGAAAUUAUCAUACUAUGCGAAUACCAAUGCUUUAAAAUUGCAGUUAAUGGGAGACAUUUUACUGAGUUUGGGCAUAGAUUCCCUUAUAGCAAAGUUACUCACUUAGUGAUUGAUGGUGAAGUAGAAAUAAGUUCUAUUUUCUAUGAAACAAUUCCAAUUCCUAAACCAGUAGGUCCGAUACCUGAUCCUCCUAUAAAUGUUGGUCCACCAGCACCUGGAGGUUUGUACCCUACAUUGAAUCCACAAGGACCUCCAUCAGAUCCAGGUGCUCCUGGUGGUCCACCUUCCUUUGAGGAUGAUUUCAGAAGUAAUCCACAAGAUUAUGGCUAUCGACCAAAAUCACAGAAAUCUGAAGAAGAUGAUCUUUUUGGUGGAUUUGGAGAUAAAGCUGCCCUAGCAGUUGGAGGACUUGUUGCAGCAGGAGGUUUAGCAGCUGCGAUGCAUGCAUAUAAUAAAAAUAAGCAGAAGCAUGUGAAUGAAGGUGACCAUGAGAGAUCUCAGGCUACAACAAAUGAAAGUGGUCUAGGUGGAUUAGGUGCUUUGGGAGCAGCUUUAGCAAGCAGCUUAGUAUCUAAUUCUCAUGCACAACAAGGCUAUCCUCCGCCAGAUGCUAAAAGUGAUGUUAUAGGUUCUAUUUUGGGAGCUUUAGGAGGAGGAGGAGCUUCUCACAAUCAGCAAUCAUUAUCUGAUCCUCUUGGUGGAGCUUUGGGAUCAAUUCUUGGUGGACUUGGAGGAGGAUCUCAUUCUAAUCACAAUCAACAAUCACCACCUGAUCCUCUGGGUGGAACUCUGGGAUCAAUUCUUGGAGGAGUCCUUGGAGGCGGUGGUCAUCAUCAACAACCUCAAUAUCAACCAUCUGGGGGUUAUGGAGGCUAUCCACAAAACCAAAAUUCACAAGCUGGCAGUAGUGGUAGUGAUUUACUUAGUGGUUUAGGAGGAGCUUUAUUCAAAUCAGCACUUGAUGGCUUAUCCAAACAUUCGCACAAACCUCGGUAUGGCAACGAUGAGCCCAGCGGCGGGCAUUAUUCGGCGCCUCAACCUACGGCUCAUUACGACGGCAGACAUGACGGCGACUAUAAUUCACCUCCGUCACGACCACCACCUCAAGCACCAAGUCCACCAGCUUCAGGUGGCGGGAAACUCACCGCCGAGGAAAUUUCCAAAGGUCUUGGACUUGACGAUUAGCACCUUCCGCUGAACACCUGUGUUUUUUCAAACUAUGCACUUUACAAAAAGCUUUAAGAGUUCAUAUUUUUGAUUCUACAUAUGAUAUUAUUAGUUAUUAACAAUUAGACGUCAUUUUAAAGUGCACAGCUUUGAGUGCUACACUUAUUUAUACAUAAGUACAAAUUGUGAGAAAUUAUAUUAACUCUCUAUAUAUGAUAAAUUGUUAUAAAAGCAUCAUUUUUAUUGUAAAACUGAUGAAUUUUAAAAAUUCAUCUUAAGUUCAGCAUUUAUAAUUACAUUAUGUAAAUUUAUUUUAAUUGUAAGUUUAUAUUACAAGUUUUCAUGGAUAAUGGACAUCUAUGUUAAGGGUAAUAAUUCAAAGAUCUAAUUUUUUUUGUAUUAAAAAUCAACAAAGU